AUGGACGUUGCCAAGGCCUGUAAGGUUCGGGCAGGAGAAAUCCUUGGCGGCGGAACUGGCCCAUACCCGACAACUGGACAUCCCUGCGAGGUAGUGCCGCUGUUCGUUUGUUGGUUUUUUAACCAUUUGUAUGAAUGUAACCAAAUUUAUACACAGCAUACAUGCAUACACUUGACACCGCGGAAGGAUCGGAGUCCGUAAUGAGUAAUCGAGAAUUUAUGAGCAACGUUCUGUGUAUAAAUUUGGUUACAUUUAUACAUGAUCUUUAUAAGCUUAUAAGUUCAUGUAAAAUAAUUAGGCCUUUUUACCCGAUAAAAGAGAGAUUAAGGCUGCAUAAAUUAGAAUUUUAUUUUGAAAGACCGUAACUUUCGAGCUUUUGCGUCUGGAAAGUAUACUAAAAUCAAAUGCUUCGUCCUUAAGUGAGGAGCUCUACUGUCCUUAGCAAGUAAGCACAUGAUCCAAUCCGAAAUAACCUUAGAGAAAAAAUAAGCAUUUGAAAUAUAGUGGUGCAUUUCGCUGUAUUUAUAUCAUUGCGACUUAAAUGACGACUGCUUUACCAUUUUUAUAGUGCGGACAAUGAAAACGGUGCGAAUUCUUAGGAUUUUCGAAUAAUCGGUUUAAAUAUAUACAUUGAAUUUUUAAAAUAUAUCUCGAGCUACGCUCAGCAUUUUUCCGCUAAUUUGAGAUAUCUUAAUUAUUUAGCUUAGCGUUUUUGGGCGUCAAGUGGUGGUUUAUACUUAUGAGAGCUUAGGAAUCGCUCUAUUAUAAUAUAUCUCUGAAACUUCAGCUCGGUGGUUUUUUGUAAACGAUCAAAGCCCGCAUCUCCAAGGCUUUUACUAAUAAUGGGCAAAUUCCUCUGAGUACUAAUCUUCUAUGUCGAGUGCUUGUUCUAAGCUUAUCCGUACCGAGUAGAGGACCAGUUUACCCUUCUGCUACGCAAAAGCCAACACACUACUUCGUCUUCAUUAGGUAAUUCGCGAUAUUUCUCGUAAAAACCAAGGCGGACAAGCCAAAGUUUCUUGAGUGUUUUGCGCAAGAAAAGCCCAGUUCCCUUUGUUGCCAUUUUUAAUUAUAGGGACAGUGACUAUCUAGAUGGCGUUUAAUCGUUCACCUUUCAGAUCAUUAUCUGAUGCAAAUGUCCUUUGCUAAUAUUAAUUACUUAACAGUGGCGUUUUUAUCCCUGGACUUGCGUCGUAAUGCAGACUUAUGGGUGCUAAGCAAACGCUCCCAACUAUUGACUGCCUGACUCGCAGAUCGUUAUCGAGAAUGACCAUUACAGACUGUUCACUCUUUAACUUCCGUUGGAUGGAUUUUUUAUAGUUUUGGCCAGAGCACUGAUAUUCGCUAUAUCGGACAUCCCAACAAAAAACCAAAGUAAACUGAAAAACGUCUAGAUACUUUAAAUCACGUUCAUUUAGUAUACUCAAACAUUCAACACUGACUACCGUUUUUCCUAGCCGCAUUACUUUAGGAUCUUUUCCUUGUGAUAACCUAAGACAAUUAACAUUCAAAACCAAUCCGACGGAGGCUUAUUAAACCCCAAAAACAUGAAUUAGCUCGUCAGCUUUUUCGUAAUUACCUUAUUGGUUUUUAAAAGGAUCAGUUGAAAAUCACUACAUUUUGGACGUAAUGCUUCUAAGUUAAAGGGAUGCCAACUAUAUUCGCUAAGUAAAGUAAAGCUUACGGAAGUACGCGUGCGCUUCAUACGCGUCGAUUAUACUUUUUCUCCAUAGUGUCGUCGUCUUACUUUUGGUGAAAGCCAUGACAGCAUUUCGUCAAAAGACGAAACCAGAAGCUGUAGAACUCAGUUUUCCUUACUGACCCCUAUCCCACGUUAAAACAUUUAUUGGUUGAACCACCCAUUUUAUACGCAGAUUGUAGGCAUCUCUACAUUCUUUUAACAUGAAAGUGCGCAGAACGCACUGCGCUGUGUUUUUAGAUUGGUUACUUUACCUGACGGAAACUUUUUCAGGCGUUAAAAACAUUGUGACUAUACUCGGCGUAGUUUGCCCAAAAUGCUAGUGCAAUGACAAAAACUUGGAUCUGUAGGGGAAUUGUUGUAGCCUUCAUUAGUUUUUUCGACAGAUUUUGCGUCCCUUUGCCCUCCACAAUUACAUGGUUUCUCUUUUUGGUUCGAUGUUCUAAUUAUCUCUACCGAUGAUUUAAACCCUUUCCCAUUGUCAUGUCCCCGAUGCAGACUCCAUUUUAUUUUAUUACUUACUUUAAGAUGGUCUAAAAUCUACAGCAAUGCGUUUUUUAGAUGGUGGCCGAAUUGUGUUACUGCAAUGAUUCCAUUUCUUGUAAUCGAACGCUGCACGCGUAUAGCGAAAAAAAUGUAAGUUUAUAUUUUGACCUUUAGAUGGUUUUGUUUAUAAUGUAAUUGGGAUGGUGUCGAUGCCUUUGAAUUCGAAUUCGUUUCUUUAGAAUAUCUAAUUUGAAUGAAGGGAUUUGGGCAUAUUAAUAGGAAAAAUCCUCCAGUUUACACACCGGAAAACUUCAACUUUUACUGACUUACGAAUGAUAACCACGUCUUUUUGCAGAAGACGCAUUAAACAGGUUAAACUGUUUUAUCUUCUAUAAUUAGUCUUGUGAAUAAUUGACCGAAAGUCAAAAAUAAAGCCCUAUUUUCUCAAUUAAAGGCAGUAUACAACUUGGCUUCAGUGCAGGUCGUAUAUGUUCAAAAGCAGGUUCUUUCGAACUUAACUGAUUCUGCAAUACCAAUUCCCGGUUUGUUUUACGGUAUCAGACAAUCAUACCCAGGCGUGCUGAAUCAAAAUUUUAUGCAGUUUUGAAUAUUUUUAUUGACAUCAGUGUCAGUAUUCGAUGGUUGACAGCAUGUUGAUAUACGAUAGUCAUGGAGAUAUGCCCAAAGCAAUAUAAACGUCUAAAUUUCGUUCCGUAAUUUGACAACACCUGUGAACGUCAAUCCGGUUAUAUUUUUGGGCUUACUGGAAAUGCUCCACGCUGGAUAUAUUUUAGUCGCAACGCUCCUGAUUUCGUAAAUUUUCUCUGUCUAGCACAUUGCAGUCAAAGUCAGUCGAUUAAGUUUUAAAACUUUCACUGGCUAAUCUUGACCGUCGCAGUUAGCCCUCAAGCUUUUUUGUACGUCAAAGUCCUCGUUUGUGCUGUGCAUAAAAUGUGACCGUCUUACGUCGAAAAAUAUUCGAUUUUUCCUUGCCGGACUCGAGGUUACUAAAAAUAUUUAAAUCUAAUUUAAGAACUCGGACUCGUCGCCGUUUUCAGGCUUGACGAUCGGUUCAUAGUACUGUGGUACUUAUUCGAGCACACUGCAGCUGUCUUUUUUGCAGUAGAUUUGUAAUCUUCAUCGGCCAAACCGAAAAAUCCGAUAAUUUUUAUACUACAUCAUUAUAGGUCCUGCGUUUAUUCAUGUUAUAUGAAGCUCAGACACUUUUUCGUGUAACACUUCGCAGCAGAUGUUUUACCUGCUAUUUUGCCCUACCGGCGUCUAUUCAAGCAAUCAUUUGAUGGUUCUAUUUAUAGGGCAGUGCUACGAACCUUAUAAAGGCGACGGAUACGAAGUUUCACUCAAGUGCCCAACUUUUCGUCACCGAAGGAAAUGAGGGCUGGGUUCGUUGA